ACUGGAAUCGUCAAAACUCCUGUGGAAUCACCCUUCAAGAAGUCGCUCUCCCAAGAUCGCGACUUGCUGAGAGAGACCUGGUCAGGUCGAUACGACUUUUUGCUGUCAUGCAUUGGGUUUGCUGUCGGUUUGGGGAAUAUUUGGAGAUUCCCCUACCUCUGUUUCGAAAAUGGAGGAGUUGCUUUUCUAAUACCUUACAUGUUUUUCAUGGUGACCUGCGCCCUACCGCUCUUCUAUCUGGAGGUGGCGUGCGGACAGUUUGCUAGCCUAGGCGUCAUUGCUAUUUGGAGAAUUUGUCCUUUGCUUCGAGGAAUUGGCUAUGGCAUGAUUAUCGUUGCCUCCCUAGUCACCGCCUACUUCAGCGUCUUAUUGGCCUGGAAUUUUUACUUCAUCUUUCAAUCCAUGAGCGCUACGUUGCCGUGGACAGAGUGCGGCCAAAGCUGGAACACACACAACUGUUUCGUGGGCAAGAUCAAAGUUAAUGGGACUGAAGGAAUAGCGAACCGGGUGAAGCGUCUUGCCACUGAGGAAUUCAUGGCACACAACGUCUUGGAGAAAACUUCUGGUAUUGAGCACUUUGGAACAAUCCGUUGGCCUCUGCUGGGCUGCCUCCUUCUCGUUUGGGUCUCAGUGUUUCUGUGUUUAUUCCAUGGAAUCAAAUAUACGGGAAAAAUUGUUUAUGUAACUGCAACGUUUCCCUACCUUAUUAUGAUGAUACUUCUGAUCCGAGAAGCGAGUCUGCCUGGGGCAUCAAGAGGUAUUAAUGAGUACAUCAUCCCCAAGUGGGGGAAACUGAUUCGCUUCCAUGCCUGGGGAGAUGCUGCCGUGCAGAUCUUCUUCUCUAUGGGAAUGGCAUGGGGCUCUUUGAUUAACAUGGCAAGUUACAACAAAUUCAAUCACAACUUUUACAGAGAAGUCAUCAUAGUUCCAGUGGUCAACUUUGUCACCAGCAUCUUUGCAGGAUUCUUCGUCUUCUGCACGCUGGGAAUUGUGUACGAGAAAACCGACGUGUGUAUUGAGGAGUUGAUUAAUCUGGGAUCUGACUUCUUCGCCUUCGUGAUCUUUCCCGAAGCUGUCUCGCUGCUGCGAAUACCCCAAGCCUGGGCUCUGAUGUUCUUUUUGAUGCUGUUCUUUGUUGGACUGGAUACCCAGUUCGCCUACUUUGGAAUGAUCACGGACGCUUUCAUAGACGAGUACCCAGAAAUUCUCAGAAAACGUAAAGCUUUAUUUACAGGAGUCUGCUGCCUGAUAGCUUUUAUAUUUGGAAUUCCUUUGGUGUUCCAGGGAAGCACCUACCUGAUACAGAUAAUCGGCAGCUACGCCGCCGGCUUCACCCUUAUGCUGCUUUCUGUAAUGGAAUGUGUAGUUGUCUGCUGGAUCUACGGGGAUCAAAGAUUUGCCAGGGACAUCGAGUUGAUGCUUGGCGAGACUCCCGGUUACUGGUGGAUGAUGAUGUGGAAGUACUUCACUCCUUUGCUUGUUGGUUAUACUUGGGCCUUCUUUGUGGGGGACUUGAAACCCGAAACCCAUGGAAAAGACAACGUGUUCCCUGAGUGGGCCAAAACAAUGGGCUGGGGCUUCGGGCUGGUUUCGCUUGUUCCUCUUCCUGUCUACGCGGUCAUCGCCAUUCGAAGGGAGACAACUGGCAGUAUAUGGCAGCGCAUAAAAAAACUGACACAACCGGCAUUCAACUGGGGUCCAGCUCUUGUAGAGAACAGGGUCAGAUACUUGAGGUCCAUGAGCAGGUAUGAUCGUGAACGCUUCGAGUCAGCUUUCUUUGAUAUGGACCGGGCUCGCUACUUGUCCCUGAGAAAGCCGCUAAGCUUAGACACAACACAGAGCAUCGACAUCAACCCCGUGUAUGGGGUUAGAAAAACUGGACUGCCUUUGGGGGCUGCCGUUCCUCUUCGAAUGCCUGAUAGCAAAUCGUCUGCGCAAGUAUAA